CUUGAUGUGUUUGAGGUUGAUUACUCUCGCCUCAGCCAGCUACAGGGCCUUGCCCCUCUCUGGAGUUUUGUGUGCAUUUCUGAGCGACGUCCACACCUUUUUCCACUUUUCAGUCCUGCGUUGAGUUUAGCAGGCUGUUGUAAACAAUGGCAGACGACGAGUUAGAGGCAAUCAGGCGGCAGAGGAUGGCGGAGCUGCAGGCGAAGCACGGGGACGCUUCAAAUGAUCAGCAACAGGAGGCCAAACAAAGAGAAACGGAUAUGAGGAACUCCAUAUUGGCUCAAGUUCUAGAUCAGUCGGCCCGUGCCAGAUUGAGCAACCUCGCUUUGGUGAAGCCAGAGAAGGCCAAUGCAGUCGAAAACUAUCUCAUUCAGAUGGCCCGUUUUGGGAAGUUAGGAGGAAAGAUUUCAGAGUCGGGCUUGAUUGAGAUCCUAGAAAAAGUUAGUCAGCAAACAGAAAAGAAGACAACUGUCACAUUCAACAGACGGAGGGUGAUGGACUCAGACGAGGAGGAUGACGACUAACUAACAAUCUGAAGGGGAGCCCUGAAGUGAGCCAGGCUGGUCAAUGGCAGAAUUUAGGAGAGGAUGUGAUAAUGCUUUAGUGGGACUCUGUCAUAGCACAUUUUACCAGUGGUUUCCUCAUUGUUGAAUCCUGGGACGCCGCACCAGCCUCUGUGUGGUUCUGGAAACUACAAACCAGGAAGGAAGAACAAAGGAGUGGGUUUAAUAUUGUGGCAGCGAGUCAUUUAGGGGUGCAACAUGCACAGUGCAAAUGUCAGUUUACUUUUGCAAUCUCUUUUCAAACAAUAUGCCGCACAUUUUCACUGCCUGUGUUGCACACCUGACAGACUGUAACAAUCUUUUACCGUUCUAGCGCUUAUCUAUAGUUACAUUUUCAUUUUUCUGAAUUUUCACCUUGGUUGAGUUUUGCUGUACAAACACAAGAGGGUGGAUAAAAUGCAACAAGGGAUACUGCCCGAGUUGCAUUUUAUUGUGAGUGAUUUAUGAAUACUGUUCAUUAUGCUCUGUUCAGUGCUAGCAUCCCACUAACCUUGGAUGCUGCACUUUGAAAUGUUCUUUUUUUUGCUGGCAUGUAAAGGUUUACAUAGAAAAAUAAAUAAAUAAAAAGCCUUAAAUUCAAGUGAACCAUUUCUAAAAUGAUCAUCACUUUUAAUAAUGAGUUGAGAAUGAGGGUUUAUACUUGUUUAAAGGUUUGCUGUUUUGCAUUUUGACAGAAGCGGAUGUCUCUUGCUUUUGUCUAUGAUCAGUGCAAGUACAUGACAACAACUUUGACAGAUCAGCAUACAUUAUCCUCAUCUCAGCAAGAGUAAUUUUUUCUGUAUCUAUUUUAUGGGUAAUUACCUGUAUUUUGUUACAGGAACAUUUUCCAUUUUUGAGUUUUGAAUCACAAACAACAGUCACUUAAUUGCCAAAUGUAAUAUGUCACAGUUCAUGAAUAAAAAAAGCAUAAAUGACAAA